AUGUCGGCCACUCUCCUCCGAUCGACUCCCGCCCUGCGCGGCGCUCUGCGGGCUCAAGCUGCAAAGCCUGUCAUGGGCAUGGCCAGCACGCAGUUCGUCCGCGGCAAGGCCACUCUGCCCGACCUUUCCUACGACUACGGCGCACUCGAGCCUCACAUCUCGGGCCAGAUCAUGGAGCUGCACCACUCCAAGCACCACCAGACCUACGUCAACGGCCUCAACAGCGCUCUCGAGACCCUUGGCGAGGCCGAGGCUAAGGGCGACUCGUCCAAGGCUGCCAGCGUCGCGCCCCUCCUCAACUUCCACGGCGGUGGACACGUCAACCACACUCUGUUCUGGGAGAACCUGGCACCUGCCAACAAGGACGGCGGUGGUGAGCCAGCGGGAGAGCUCAAGAAAGCGAUCGACCGCGACUUCGGCUCCUACUCCACCCUCGUGAAGCAGACCAACGCCGCCCUCGCCGGUAUCCAGGGCAGCGGCUGGGCCUGGAUCGUCAAGGACAAGGAGACCGGCUCGCUGAGCCUCGUCACCCGCGCGAACCAGGACCCCGUCUCCGGCAACCUGAUUCCCCUGCUGGGCAUCGACGCCUGGGAGCACGCCUACUACCUUCAAUACCAGAACCGCAAGGCCGAGUACUUCAGCGCCAUCUGGAACGUCAUCAACUGGAAGACGGUGGCCAAGAGGUUCGGCCAGGCUUAA